AUGCCUCUCCUCAAAUAUUUCACCCUGGCGGUCGCGCUCUCGCGCGUGGCGGCGGAGGGCCCGUGCGUCGACGAACCCGACGCAACUCUACCCGGCGGCUACGGCGCCCAGGGCGACGACGGCUACGAGUACGGUUCACAGGACGACAAUUACUACGAGUACGGUGCCCAGGACGACGACGCCGACGCCGACGCGGCGACCGGCGACGGGUCCAACUUCUACGACGACGCAGCCGCCGAAGCGGAGGAGGAGCCCGCCGCGCAGCCCGCGGCGGCCGCGCCCGAGCCCACGGAAGCGGAGGAGCCCGCCGAGCAGCCCGCGGCGGGCGCGCUCGAGCCCGAGUCUACGCUUGAGGAUUCCAAACCGGCAGUGAUCGCGGAGGCGGUCGCCAUCGACGUCACCGAGGACAUCAAUUACGAGGCGAAGUGGGCGCCGACGGAGGUCGUCGUCGCGCUCUUCAUCUUCGUGACCUGCGCCUUCUCGAUGACGCGGCUCUGCCGCGCGAAGGAGGACCAGUACGCGCCCGUCACGCGCGCGAUCUCGGAGGAGGACCUCGUCGCGCCCGACGUCGAGACGGGGCCCACGCUGGAGGACAAGCGGCGGAUGCUAGACUAG